AAACUUCCCGCCAAAACAAUCUGUUGGAUUCGAAAUUUUGAGAGACAGAUUCACGGUGGUGAGAACUGAGAAUCACAGAUCAAGCAGAAGAAGAGAGAUGGAUGUGAAGGAAGCUGGUACUUCACUCGAUUCUAUAAUAUCUUCAUUCAACACUCGCAUUACGGAGCUUCAAGAACUCGUCAUCGGCCGAAACAUGUAUCCCGCCAGUAGCAUUACUGAUCUGACGGCGGUCGAUGCAUCAUUGAAGGCGAUGGAGCUUCAGGUGCAGGCUAUCAAGGACCGCUUGCGAGACGAGAUCGAAGCUAUUCCCAAAGCCAAAAAACUCAUUGAUGCCUCCUUGCGGCAGCAGAAGAAAUUGCAGAGUAUGUAUUCUUAUGUCCCCUCAAAUUUUCCUGAUAGAGUGGCGCCCUCAAAUCUAGAGUCAAGUAAAAGUUUGAUGUCAGAAACCUCUAAACAAUGUACAAAUUUUGGUUCUGAAAAACACGAGGAGGAGCCUGCAGCGCCGCCCAAGGAGAAAAAGGGCCGAGCCCCUCCACCACUGUGGUUUAUUACUAUUGAUGAGCUGGAUUCUCUGUCAUCAUACAUGAGGGGAAGGCUUACACUAGAGAAGGUAAAUGCAGCUAUAAAUGACAUGGCAACAUAUGCCGAAGCAAAUGCUCAGCUCAUUGCAGCCCCAAAAAAGAAGUUGGCGGAAAAUGUAUGGGAAAGGGCCUUGGAAAUAAGAGAUAUUGCAAUGACAGGAGGAGUAAAGGGCAAACAUUUUUUUCUUGAAACUGACAUCAAAGGACCUGCGCUAAAGCUGGACAACACUGGAAGAGCAAUACUAACAGUUCUUCGUCACCUGGGUCGCAUAAGCGAGAUCCGGAUCGGGCAUCACCGUGUGAUCAUUCUUUCAAAGCCUCAAUGAAAGGACCUGAUUUACAUUUGGAUUAGCAAACCCAAGGUACUUCAUAUACAAUACAUGGCUGGAAUGUUUCCAGUACCAGCAGAACAGAAAUACCUUUUGUACUUUAAAUUAACUGGAAUGAGUUCGAUUUAUUAGACAUGAAAAGAAAAAAAUGAGGUUGAUGUAUGUGUCCCAAAUUCUU